AUGAACUCAAUUAUACGACAAAACUUACGUCUCAACCUCAGGAAAACUACACUUCAUCACAGAAUACUACCCAUACAGUCUAUUAGAUUUGCAGGACAUUCUAAAUGGGCAAAUAUUAAACAUGAUAAAGCUAAAAAUGAUGCCAAAAAAUCAAAAGAAGCAACAUUAAUUGCAACCAAAAUAGAAAGUUGUGUACGAGCCGGUGGGAAAGAUUCAAAUGCAAGUCUUGAACAAUUAUUAGACAAGGCUAAAAAAUUAAAUGUAUCAAAACAAGUUAUAACAAAUGCUAUAAAAAGAGGUUCAGGAGAAUUAAAUGAUGGUGCAAAUAAUCAAACUGAAGUAAGUUAUGAAUUUAUGGGACCUGGUGGUGUUGCAUUUAUAAUAUCUGCAUUAACUGAUAACAAGGCAAGAACAGUAAUGAGAGUUAAAACUGCAAUGGCUUAUUUUCAAGCUUCAUUAAGUCCAUGUAAUUUUAUGUUUGAGAAAAAAGGUGAAAUUUUAUUUGAACCAAAACCAAACACGGUUGAAAAUUUUGAUGAUAUAUUUGAAAUGGUUUUGGAGGUGGGAGCAGAAGAUAUUGAAGAAGUUGAAUUUGAUAAUGAGUAUAAACCUGGAGAAACUUAUAAAUUUUAUAGAGUCAUAUGUGAUCCAUUAGAAAUUCAUAAAAUAAGUAAUGAAAUUAGUUCAAAAGGUUAUAAAUUACAUGAAAGUUCAGUAAGAUACUUAGCUGAUAAAGAUGGUCAAGUUCAAUUCCCUGAAGAAUUUUCAAAAGGUUAUUUUAGAGCCAUUGAUAAUUUAGAUCAGACUCCAGAAGUUGUAGAUUAUUUUACUAAUAUUGAAGAUGAACAUCAAGGUAGAAUAAUGUCAUCUGUUAAUUAG